CCGAAGUUGCCAUCUUCGCUCUGCACAGCAGCGAAGAAGGGGUUCGCUCGGGGCUUUAUCCGUUAUCAAUCGUUUCGUUUUUGUGGAAAUUUAAGUUUAUUAAGUGAUUCUAUUUAUUUGGACGUAUCUCUAGCGGUACGUAUUGAACCUGUAAAUUGAUCGAACCUAUCUAAAAUCAACAGCUCUCCCAAACAAACUUGCACGUAAGUGGCAUAGAAGCCCUCAAUCUAGGAUUCUAUUAAGUGUGCGACCGUUUAUCAGUCCACGUGAGUGUAGCAUUAUAAUUACUGUAGGUGAUUCAUCCACUUUGGCAGCCCUACAAUACGGUGAAAAUGUUCGCUAACAUUACCAACUACUUGCUAGGAAAUUAUGCCGAUGGGCCCAAGACUGAUCUGACCGCCGCCAUCGACGAUGUCGAGGAGCGAUUCCGAGCCGUCGAUACCGAAGACGAUUGGCUCAUGGUAGAAAAGACUGAUGUAAAUAAGGAGCAACAAGAAAACGAAAUAAGGAUACUAGAUACUCACUUAGGCGGAGAAAUCCCGGAGCGAGGGCGGAGUCCGGGGCGGGGCGGGCGGCUGGCGGGGCGGCAGGUGUCGCGCUCGUCCUCGGCGUCCUCGCUACCCUGUCUUUCAUUGGAGGAGUCGUGGUACAUCACGCCCCCGCCCUGCUUCACCUCGGCAGGCCCCGCCCACCUGGAGACCUCCCCGCUCGAGAACCUCCUCAUCGAGCACCCGAGCAUGUCCGUCUACCACCGCCGGGCCGCCGCCACGAGCCCCGCCCACUCCCAGAGGCUCCGCUCCCGCUCUGUCUCCCCCUCGCACCCCCAGCCUCUCCAACCCCUCCCCGACAACCGGCGCCCCGCCCACGCCCCCGCCCACCAGCGCCACCAGCCAAUCAACAACCAGAUUGUCCAGCUCAAGGCUGCCCAAAAGCAGCAGCAGCGUAGAGCCUGCCAGGCUCUGAAACGCAACCAGCUGGAGCGAUCAAAUAAAGCAAUUCGUGAAAUCAGCAUGCGCAACAAGAGACAGCGGAGAUCAGAUCGUACGCAGAACCACUCCGGCGUCAACAACAACCGCAAAUGCUGCUAGUUCACCAACACUGUUUUCACCCCGAAAUUCGUACGCUACUUGAUCUCACUCUCUGAUUAUUUCAGCAAUAUAACAGCAGAAUCCAAUUUAUUUCAUUAAAUUUUAUCAAAUUUAAUACUGUCCUCCUCUCCCAAUCUUUUAGUACUUUUAAGUCUUUUUCUGGAAUUCCCUACUCUUCGAGCAGGAAAUCGCUUUGUAAAAGUCACCAUUUUGCAGUAUUUUAAUUCCCUCAGACUCAUUGGAUGUUAUCUGGAAAAGUGUUCCUGCGCUGAGUUCAUCAAGUUGCAAAUGUUCUCUUUGAUGAGGAACUUAAUAAUCACCCGUUGCGCUGUAUUUAUUCUCUUAACAUUGUUUCUAAAUUAGCGAGAGCAAUCACUAAUUAAUCGUUUUGAUUAAUUAUAAAUUUGUUAAUUGUUUGUAUGGUUGAGGCAUUUUUUGGACUCAAUGAAAAACCCUUUUCUUAUUUCAUCGAUUAGAAAUGUUGCAUCUUUUUUAAUUUCUGUAAGGUUAUCCUUUUCCUUUCAUGAUUUAAAAGCUCUAAGUAUCAUCUCUUUUUUCAAUGUUGAAUCGGAGAAUGCCUAGAAAACCCAAAUGUAAUGCCCAUCUGUUCCAAAAAUGGAGAAAACGAACUUGAAAUGAGUCCUGGCAGCAUUGACUAUUAUUUUUUGACCUAAGAAAAACGCAAAAAUGUUUUGAUGACGUUCAGUUUUUUACACAAAUUAUCAGAAAAAGCACAUGUAAAAGAGAACAAAAGUGGUCUCCCAACUUGAAUAUUUAAACAGUCUUAUUUAGGAGUUUCCUCUCUUCAAUUAACAAUUUUUUCCAUUUGCUUUCCUAGCCAAUGCUACUAAGAAGGUUACAAUUUGAACAUACUCUUAUUAAGGUACAUUUUUCAAGGUGCUUGUUUCAAGGUAUCUUUUUCAAGAUUUUUUCUUAAAGGAGCUCUCUUGAGGUACUCAAUACAAGGGACACCUCAAGAGUGCUUCAUUUUAAGACACUCUUCAGGGUACAUUUUUAGAUACUUUUUGAAGGUAUUCUGUUUUAAGUUAUUCCUCACGAGGUACUUUCUUUAGCACUCUGCUCCGAGGUUCUCUUUUAUAGGUUUCUUCCGAUGGUUCUAUUUUCAAGGUACUUUCUCAAAGUGGCCAUUGUAAGGUAAUUUCCGAAGAUAUUCUGUUUCAAGGUACUUCAAUGCUCAGUGAAUUCAGUUAACAUGUAUAUUCUCUGCUUUUGCGUUUAAUUUUCUCAGAAUCUGAAGGUUUUUGAGAAUUGUGCGCUAAAAUGGAACAAAGAUUCCAUAAGAAUCAGAUUUUCAGAUCCCAGUAAACUUGUUCCUUUUUACUAGCCUCUCUGUGUGCUUGUUUCUACAUGAGCUACUCUAACCUCAGGAUCUUGGUCGAAUUGAAGGGAAGUUAUUUACUGAGGAUGAAAUUUUAAGAAAAGACUUUGUUGGAGUUCAGCAAAAAUAAAAAUAAAAAAAAUAAAUUAAAAUCUACCAUUUCCAUUCUUAAACGGUCAUUGAACCUCAUUUUCCAUAAUAAAAAAUGGAGAUGGGGCCUUUUUUUUUUUUUUUUUUUUUUUACGAUGAGACGCAGAUGAACACAGUUCCAAGUUAACUUGUUGUCAAGUUUUUUUCUUCUUAUCUAUAUUUUUUUUCUUCCAUAUAGGCAGGCUUAACUUAGAUUUUUUGCUGUUAAAAUUUCUUCUCGUCAGCCUAUAAUUCAAUUAGGUUCAAUUUCUAGUGAUUGAAAAUCGUAGGGCAAGAUUAAUUAAUUUUGCAUGUUGUUUGUGCAAUGGCAUGCUUUGCUCAAGCGAUACUUUCAAGAUAUUAAGAAAGAAAUGUCUAUGAAAAAAAUAAAAAUACUAAAAUCCAGUAAAAAUAUCAAAAGAAAACAAAUAGUAUGUAUUGAUUGUUAGCUUAUCUCAUUGUUUGCCAAAGGAGAAUUUUUUUUUAAUUUUUGACGAGUCGUUUGACUGUAUUCGGUAUGAAUUUUGGAAAAACAAAAUACUCUACCAGUAUUUUGCGUCCUUUCUUUUCCAAACCCUGGAGUUUAUUUCGGCCGGCAAAAAGUCAAUAUUUGAUUUAGGGUGAGGUUUAAAAAAAGCGACAGACAUCAAAGAGGAUUUUUUAUUUAUCUUAUCGGCCCUUUAACAGCCGUAGAGUUCCUUUCAUGAAAUUCAACAUUCAUUGAUCCUCCUCAGUUUUCUGCACCUUAUCCUGAUGUAAAUGAGGCCUUCUUUACAGGACCCUAAAGUCUGUACUCCCGUUCAAAUUUUUUCCUAAUUUAGCUUUUAAAAUGAAACUCAGGGAAAGAAUCUAUGUCAAAAGGAACUACUUCUUGGCAUAUCCAAAAUUGUUGAGGGGCACUCCCUUCAGGAGGUACCCAUGUUUCGUUUAAACAGCUUAAAAUUAGGAAACAUUUUGAAAAGCAAGGGUGCGGACUUUUGUGACACCCUGUAUAAGAACAAGGUUUGUGACACUUAAAUUACAAUGAUGCCGUGCCAAGGUAAAAUGCUGCAUGUACCUUCAAAUGUUACUAGACUUCCUUCGUUAAAGGACGAAUUCAUUGAGAAAAUUCGUAGUAUUUUUCUCCCAAUUUUUCAGACAAUUUUGCCGAUUUAUUCUAAAAUAAAUAUCAGAAAAUUUCAAAGAAAAAAAUGCGUAACAUUUCUAAAGAGUAAAUAUUUUUUGGAGGAAAUUCUACAACAUUUGAAUGCUCAUGCAGCAUUUUUCCUCAGCAUGGCAGAACGGACCUGUGUUUCUAUUAUGGAUAAGGCUCCAAGGAGCUGUCAAAAUGUAAAUAAUAGUUUUAAAAUCACCUCAAUGUUCCAUUUUAAGUUUAGUCUGAAAUGAAAAAAGUUGUAUUAUUUGCGGUCCUCAUACAUCGCUUUAUAUUGGAAUUUAUCUUUACAAUUGUGAAAAAUGAAUAUAUACAUAUGUAAUACAUAUAUAUACAAUACUGUAAUAAUGGCCAUGUAUAGAUGUAUAUGCACACUUUUUUUUGCGCUAGCUGUAAAACUUUGACUCACUUUCAAGUUUCUCAUGUCCUUCCCUGCAGGUACUGGCGGGUUUCCAUGGUUAUUCUUGGGUUUUUGUGGGGCCCUGCAUAUUUCUAGCAGUUCUCAUGAAUCUUCAUGGUUUUUGCGAAAACAUUGCAGUGUGCACUUAACAUGGGACUUUGGUUUUGAUAUUUUCCAUGUUUCCACGGUAUUUUCCGUUAUCCAUGGAUUCCAGCAAGUCCUUGCCGUUUAGAGGACACUCCUUGAGUUCUGCUAAAAUUAGAGUAUUUUUUGUGCUUUUUCUCUAAUUUCCGCAGCUUCCUCUGAACUUUCUGUCCUAAAACACUUUAAACAGGUGUAACAUUUUAAAGUAUUAUCUACUUUGAAGAGUUUAAAACAAGUUGAUUUUGUACA